AUGACUCAUGAUGAGGUCCAUGGGCGAGUCAGAGCCCAGCAGGCGGAGGUUGACUGGAGGCAGAAAGGUGCAGUUACAGGUGUCAAGAAUCAAGAGGAUUGCGGUUGUUGCUGGGCGUUCUCCGCGGUGGCGGCCAUCGAGGGCAUCCACCACAUCAAGACAGGUGAGCUGGUUUCGCUGUCGGAGCAGCAACUACUGGACUGCUCCACCAACGGGAACUACGGUUGCGACGGCGGCAAUAUGGACAACGCCUUCGAGUACAUCAUCAGCAACGGCGGAAUCACCACCGAGGACGCCUACCAGUACACUGCCAUCCAGGACAUGUGCCAGUCCGUCCAACCGGCAGUCACUAUCAGAAGCUACCAGGACGUGCCCCGCUACGAUGAGGACGCGCUCGCAGCGGCUGUUGCCAACCAGCCCGUGUCCGUGGGCGUCGACGCGAACAACUUCCAGUUCUACGACGGCGGCGUGAUGACCACGGACAGCUGUGGCACGGACUUGAACCAUGCGGUGACGAUAGUAGGGUACGGCACAGCUGAGGAUGGCAGCCAGUACUGGCUGAUCAAGAACAGUUGGGGGGAGACCUGGGGAGAGGGAGGGUACCUGAGGCUUGAGAGGGGUGUCAACGCAUGUGGCGUUGCCAUCCAAGCCUCCUAUCCAGUGGCGUGAACUCGGAAAACAACCCGCGCAAUCUAUAUCCAUGAAGGCAUGCACAAAUAAGAAUAUGUAAUAAUCCAUGCGCAUAAAUUGGUUUCUUAGCGUAAGGUAAACUUUAAAUUUAAUAAUUUAUGUGCCAUUUUAAAAAACUUCACGUAAUCGUCUAUAUAUACAUGUAACAUUUUUGUUGUUUGUAUUUUCUUGAA